AUGUCGUACAUUGUCCCCAUUCACCGGCCCAGCAGCAUUCGCCUGGCCAUUUCAAGCCGCCUGUGGCCAGACGAGGAUGUGCUGGUUACUGCCAAGGUCAAUCGGCUUGAGAUCUCGCGCCCCACCUCAGAAGGCUUGACUCUGUUGAGCUCAUCCGUCGUUUGCGGCACCAUCACCCUCCUACAAACCCUCCGACCCAAAGCGUCCGAGACCGACAUUCUGUUCGUCGGUACCGAUCUCUUCCACUACUUCACUGCGCGAUGGGACCCCACAACGGGCAAGCUCGUCACAGAGCAGGUCAUCCAGGACAUUGCAGAGCCGCACAUGCGCGAGGCCCAGAGCCAGGACAAGUGCCUCGUCGAUCCCGCGGGCAGGUUCGUCGCCAUGCACCUGUGGGAGGGCGUCAUGAACAUCAUGCAACUGGGCACGCGCAAGGGCGCAAACUUGAGGCUUGAUAAAGACUGGGCUCAGGUUCGCCUCUCCGAACUGUUCAUGAAGGCAAGCACCUUCGUGCCCACGGAGACGGGACAUCCGACCAUCGCCUUUCUCUACCAGAAUUCCAUCGAUAGGGAGGAUGCGCAUCUGGCCGUCUACAGGCUCAUGGAGGACGGCAACACCAACGUUUCCAAGUUCGACCCUUUGAAGAACCGGGAGCUCGAGCUCGAGAUUCCCGACCCGUUCGCCAGAACACUCAUCCCAGUGUCGAUAGUCGAAUCAGACGUGAAGCGUUACCAUCGCCGCGACACAACAAAUGCCAGCGCGCAGCUUGGAGGAUUGAUCGUCGCUGGUGAGACAAUGCUUAUCUAUGUUGAUACCCUGACGAAGGUCAAGAUUAGCAAGGCACUCGACGAACCCAGGAUCUUUGUUUCGUGGGCCAAGUACGAUGUUACACGAUACCUUCUCGCCGACGACUACGGAAACCUACACCUGCUGACGCUCGAGGUCGACGGCGUCAUCGUGACUGGACUGUCGCUCAAGACGAUUGGAAAGACAUCACGAGCUUCGUGUCUGGUCUAUAUGGGCAACGAGAUUCUGUUCCUGGGAUCACACCAUGGAGAUUCCCAGCUCUUCACGCUUGACCUGUGCGCUCAGACAAUACGGCUGAUCCAAACAAUACCAAACAUCGCCCCAAUCCUCGACUUCUCCAUUAUGGACCUGGGCAACGCCGGCGACAGUGGGGUUGGAAACGCUUUCUCGUCUGGACAGGCCCGCAUUGUGGCGGGCUGCGGUGUGCACCACAACGGUAGCCUGAGGAGCAUCCGAAGCAGCGUCGGCUUGGAGGACAUUGGAAUAUUAGAUGGCAUACAGGAUGUCCGUGGUCUAUUCUCGCUCAAGUCAUAUGGGUCUGAAAAGGUUGACACGCUUGUCGUCUCGUUCAUAACAGAGACGAGGGUCUUCAAAUUCGAUGCCGACGGCGGCGUCGAAGAGCUGGCGGACUUCCAGGGUCUCACACUUGACCAGCCGACUUUGUUCGCAGGCUCAUUAGCCAACGGCCACACGCUGCAAAUUACGGCUUCCUCCGCGCUUCUUCUAGACUCGGAAAGCGGUGUUACGAUAAAUUCCUGGACGUCAUCCAACGGGGGAAGUAUCGUCAAUGCUUCUGUCAACGAGAAGUAUGCACUUUUAUCUGUCGGCGGAAGCACCCUCGUGUCCUUGAAUCUGACUCAAAACUUUGAUGUACGAGAGCAAGCACUGGGCGACGGUAUCGGGGGCGACGGCAGCCAGAUCUCGUGCAUUCACGCAUCGCGAGACUUCCCUGAUAUCGGCGCUAUUGGCUUUUGGUCGACAGGCUCCGUGUCGGUCAUCAACCUCGGAACACUGCAAGCACUCCAUGGCGAAAGCAUCAAACAGAACGACGACAACGUCUCUGUUCCUAGGGAUCUCGCUUUGGUCCAGCUGCACCCGCCUCAGCUCGCAGGCCCCACGCUAUUCGUUUCUCUUGAGGACGGCCAAGUGGUUUCAAUCAACGUCUCAAAAGAUGACUAUUCUCUUACGGCGAGGAAAAGUGUCACGUUGGGGAGCAGGGAGGCAGGCUUGCAUGUGCUGCCGCGACCGGGUGCCCCUGGUCAGAGCAAUGUGUUUGCGACGACCGAACAUUCGAGCUUGAUUUACAGCUCUGAGGGCCGGAUCAUCUACUCGGCUGCCACCGCCGAGGACGUGACUCACAUUGCGCCGUUUGAUUCUGAGGGGUUUCCCGAUGCCAUCUUUUUAGCUACUGACAAGAAUGUUCGUAUCGCCAACGUGGAUACCGAACGCCGGACUCACGUCAACCCCCUUCAUAUCGGUGAGACUGUGCGGCGGGUGGCUUACUCUCCGGCACUGAAGGCAUUCGGUAUCGGCACCAUCCGAAAAGAGCUUCUGCACGACGAAGAGAUUGUCUCAAGUGCCUUCCAGCUCGUAGACGAGAUUGUGCUCGGUAAGGUCGGCAGGCCCUUUGCCCUUGGCGGAGAAGCCUCUGUGGAGCUGGUUGAGGCUGUGAUUCGAGCCGAACUCGACGACAGUACAGGGCAGCCCGCCGAGAGAUUCAUAAUUGGCACAAGCUAUCUCGCAGACCCUGACGUCAACGAUAGUGGCGACGUCAAGGGUCGGAUUUUGGUGCUUGGUAUAGACUCUGACAGGAACCCCUACCUCAUCGUCAGCCACGAACUGAAGGGUGCUUGCCGAUGCCUGGGUGUGAUGGGAGACAAGCUUGUGGCGGGCUUGAGCAAGACGGUGGUAGUAUACGACUACAUCGAGGAUUCGACGACAUCUGGAAAGCUUGAGAAGCUGACGACAUUCCGGCCCUCGACAUUUCCCGUUGAUCUCGACAUAUCAGGCAACAUGAUUGGAGUGGCUGAUUUAAUGCAGUCCAUGACCCUGGUCGAAUUUGUACCAGCAAAAGACGGCCGCAAGGCCAAACUAAUAGAGAGGGCACGACACUUUGAAUACAUCUGGGCCACAGCAGUGUGCAGCUUGGGCGAGGAAUCCUGGCUGGAGGCGGACGCGCAGGGAAACCUCAUGAUUUUGGAACGUCAGCCGGACGCGCCGACUGAGCACGAUCAGAAGCAGAUGCGCACAACGAGCGAGAUGCACCUGGGCGAGCAGGUGAAUAAGAUCCGCCCGCUCCAGAUUACGGCGACAGAGAGCGACAUUAUUGUCCCAAAGGCCUUCCUCGCAACGGUCGACGGUUCUCUCUAUGUCCUUGCCAAUAUCAGUGCUGAGUACCAGAGCAUCCUGCUGCCCUUCCAGGAACGACUGGCUGGGAUCGUGCGCUACCUCGGCCAAGCCGCGCCCGAAGACAACGAGGGACCCUCGUUUAGCCAAUGGCGGGGAUUCAGAAACGCAAAGAGGAUGGCGGGAGCGCCGUUCAGAUUUGUGGACGGAGAGCUGAUUGAGCGGUUCUUGGACUUGGAUGAACUUAGACAAGAAGCUGUUGUGGAGGGAUUGGGACCGUCUGUCGAAGCGAUGCGGAACAUGGUUGAAGAGCUCAGAAGGAUGCACUAG